UUCCUCAUUUGCGGAACUUAAACAGAUGAAAUUACAGAGUGUAAUUAGAACAAAAUCAAGAUCACAUUCCACUUUUUGUAUGUGAUUGAGAACGAGAUUCCAAGCCCAGAUAACUCCAAAACUCUUUGUUUCUUCCUCCUCAUAUUUUCUUUCUCUGUAGCUCAAAAUCCUCUGUUUCUACUUGCUGCUACUCCAAGGCUCUCUUCCUCAUCUACCAUCGAAAGGUUUGUUGUUCUGUGGUCUCAAAAUGACAACUUGUAUCUCUCCCUGUUUGUCUCCUCCAGAUUCAAGAGCCCUCACUCUACUUAGAAAGAGUGUAACCCCUGAAGGCAACAGGUUUAGUUCCUUUAGAAUGGUCCAAACCAAAAGAACCCGUGUUCUUGUUUCAGCUCAAAGAUCCGACUCAUGGCCCAAACCAAACACUCACACACCAAACCAUUUACAAAGCCAACAAGACCCUUUCUUAAACCUCCACCCAGAGAUAUCAAUGCUCAACCCAAGAAAAGAAUCAUCUCCCAGCAGACCAGUCACCGAGGAUCUCACCGACUCUUCUCUUCCUAGUAACUUCAACGAGGCGAGGAUCAAAGUUAUAGGCGUUGGAGGUGGUGGCUCAAACGCUGUGAACCGCAUGAUACAGAGUGAGAUGAUUGGUGUGGAGUUUUGGAUUGUGAAUACUGAUAUUCAGGCGAUGAGGAUGUCUCCGGUUUUUCCAGACAAGAGGUUGCAGAUUGGUAAGGAGUUGACUAGAGGGUUAGGUGCUGGAGGUAAUCCGGAGAUUGGUAUGAAUGCUGCUAGAGAAAGCAAAGAAGCUAUUGAAGAGGCACUUUAUGGUUCUGAUAUGGUUUUUGUCACAGCUGGAAUGGGAGGUGGAACUGGAACGGGUGGGGCGCCGAUAAUAGCAGGUGUGGCGAAGGCAAUGGGUAUAUUAACGGUUGGUAUUGUGACAACGCCUUUCUCAUUUGAGGGAAGGAGAAGAACAGUUCAAGCUCAGGAAGGGAUUGCAGCACUCAGGGAUAAUGUUGAUACUCUCAUUGUUAUUCCGAAUGAUAAGUUGCUCACUGCAGUAUCUAUGUCUACUCCAGUUACAGAAGCGUUUAAUUUGGCAGAUGAUAUACUUCGUCAAGGAGUUCGUGGAAUCUCUGAUAUCAUUACGAUUCCUGGAUUGGUUAAUGUUGAUUUUGCAGACGUGAGGGCUAUUAUGGCGAAUGCAGGUUCUUCAUUGAUGGGAAUAGGAACUGCAACAGGAAAGACUAGAGCAAGAGAUGCUGCAUUAAACGCAAUCCAGUCACCAUUGUUAGAUAUUGGCAUUGAGAGAGCAACUGGAAUUGUUUGGAACAUAACUGGUGGAACUGACUUAACAUUGUUUGAGGUAAAUGCAGCUGCGGAAGUGAUCUAUGACCUUGUUGAUCCAACAGCAAAUCUUAUAUUUGGCGCUGUAGUUGAUCCAUCUUUCAGUGGUCAAGUAAGCAUUACCCUAAUAGCAACUGGCUUCAAACGCCAAGAAGAAGGAGAAGGGAGGCCACUUCAGGCGACACAAGCAGAUGCAACAAUGGGAGUAACAACAAGACGUCCUUCAUCAUCUUUCAGUGAAGGCAGUUCCAUAGAGAUCCCAGAGUUCUUGAAGAAGAAAGGCCGCUCUCGCUAUCCUCGCCUCUAAAACCUCAUCUCUGGAUAAGUAAUUGCCUCUCUUAAUAGGUGUUAGAAAUGGUUUUAUUGUUGACUUAUAUUACACAAUAACAAUAAAUGUUUAUUGACAAAAUGGUAUUAUAAAUCUCAUUCUCUGUCACACUUGAGCCUCUC